GUUUGAUUCAAGGAAGAAAGACGUCUGCAGGUUUGGUGAUCAUCUGACUUAAGCAGCUCAUUUCUACGCAUCCCGGGUCUCCUCUGUGCUCUGAUUGGCUGAGAUGACCAACAAAGCCAUAAACACCUGUGACUCGGGAGUGGGUGGAGCCUCAGGAGAAGAUGUUGGGUCCGUACAGGUGGGACCCUCCGUCAUCAGCAACUCGUCUUCUGAUUGGUCCACUCCUCCGCCCGUUCAGGCCUUUCUAGACUCUAAGGAGUGUUUUCCAAAACUCUCCAGGCACCUCCCAUCCAUUGUGGUGGAGCCGAUGGAUGUUGGUGAGGUGGAGAGCGGAGAGCUCCGCUGGCCUCCUGAUGAUGUCAGCAGUGAUGUCACAGAGGAUUGUCAGCAGCAGACAGGUGGAUCUGAAGAGGGGGCGGAGCUACAGGAGCAGUUGAUGGGCGGGGUUUAAAAUCUCCAGACAAAUGUGGCUCCUUUAAUUCCAGCCAAUCAGGGAAAAGGUUGCUGCCAAUCAAUGAAGACGUGGAGUCAACCUACCUGAUAUUCAGCAGCUAAGAGGAGGACGUCUUCAGACCAACACCUGCUGAUCUUCAGACUCACAAAGUCUUCCAGAUGUUCAUGUCGUCUUUACUCUGAUUCAUGGACACGUUCUCUGACUUUCCAUUUUUAAACUACUGUGUGGAAUAAAAUCUGAACUCUUAUUGGCCAGCUGUUUGAGAAUCAUGUGACUUUUCCUGAGGUUAUCUGUCAAGCAGCCCAUCUCAACCUAGCCGAGGACUUGUUCAUGUAACACCUCAGGUACCACCACAAUGGACCGAACAGUUCUAAUGAACAGGGUUCAUCAAACUGAAGAGAUUUAAUGGUGAAUAAAAUUUAAAUAAACCCAGAAUCUGUUCAGCUGCAGAGUUUUGAGGC